AAUUCUUCGUUUCGUGCUGUUUGGCGACAUCUGCUCGCGGCGCCCGGCGGCAGUCUGACAGUCAUGGCGUCGCCCUUUAGCGGGGUGCUGCAGCUGACGGACCUGGAUGACUUCAUCGGGCCGUCUCAGGACUGCAUCAAGCCCGUGAAGGUGGAUAAGAGGCCAGAAAGCGGCGUAGCCAAGAUCCACAUCGAAGAUGAUGGGAGUUACAUCCAAGUUAACCAAGACGGUGGAACCCGGAGGCUGGAGAAGGCCAAGGUCUCACUGAAUGACUGUUUGGCAUGCAGUGGCUGCAUCACCUCAGCAGAGACUGUGCUUGUCACUCAGCAGAGCCACAAGGAGCUUCGAAAGGCUCUAGAUGCUAACAAGAUGGCGCCCCCCAGUCAGCAGAGGCUGGUUGUUGUAUCAGUCUCACCACAGUCCCGAGCAUCACUGGCUGUGCAACUCCAGCUGAAUCCUACAGACACCGCCAGGAAAUUAACCUCGUUCUUUAAAAAAAUAGGGGCACACUUCGUCUUCGAUACGGCCUUCUCAAGAAACUUUAGCCUCCUGGAGAGCCAGCGAGAGUUUGUACAGCGAUUCCGAGAACAGGCCAGCUCACCACAGGCCUUGCCUGUGCUGGCUUCUGCCUGCCCAGGCUGGAUCUGCUACGCUGAGAAGACCCACAGCAGCUUCAUCAUUCCCUACCUCAGCACGGCCCGGUCCCCACAGCAGGUUAUGGGCUCCCUGGUCAAAGACUUCCUCGCCCAGCAGCAGCACCUGACCCCUGACAAGAUCUACCACGUGACGGUGAUGCCCUGCUAUGACAAGAAGCUAGAAGCAUCCAGACCUGACUUUUUUAACCAGGAGUACCAGACACGUGAUGUAGACUGCGUCCUCACAACAGGAGAAGUUUUCAAGUUGCUGGAAGAAGAAGGCAUCUUGCUGUCAGAACUGGAGCCAGCCCUUCUGGAUGGUCUGUCCAGCAGUGUGUCUGCAGAGGAGCCCACCAGCCAUCAGGGCGGCGGCUCCGGUGGCUACCUGGAGCACGUGUUCCGGCAUGCAGCUAGAGAACUCUUUGGAAUCCACGUGGCUGAAGUCACCUAUACACCCCUUAGGAACAAGGACUUCCAGGAGGUGACCCUCGAGCAGGGGGGUCAGGUGCUUUUGCGCUUUGCUGCAGUGUAUGGCUUCCGCAACAUCCAGAAUCUGGUGCAGAAACUCAAGCGGGGGCGCUGCCCCUACCACUACGUGGAGAUCAUGGCGUGCCCUGCAGGCUGCCUGAACGGUGGAGGUCAACUCAAGGCCCUGGACACGCCCAGUAGGGAGCUGCUCCAGCAUGUCGAAAGGCUGUACAGCAUGGUCAGGACAGAGGUGCCUGAGGAUGUGCCUGGGGUCUGGGAGCUAUACCAGCAAUGGCUGCAGGGCGAGGCCUCAGAGCGGGCCAUCCGCCUGCUGCACACACAGUACCAUGCUGUGGAGAAAGCCAGCUCUGGCCUCAGCAUCCGGUGGUAGGAGGACUUGAGGGUCCUAAAGCUCCAUCUGCAGCCAAUACCAGGACUCCUAGGAAGGCUCACGGGUUGCCUAGUAGCAUAGUCACUAUUGCUUGGGACCCCAGAGCCGUUCCCCAAAAUUGGGAGUGAGCUGGAGGAUGUGCUGGACCACAUGGGAGUGGGAAGCUGACUGUACCCAGUGGUCACUACCACCACUAGCCGAGCUCCUCUAGGGCUCCCUGCAGGAUCUGCUAGUGUGAAUGGGAUGACCAAGGAGGCUGAAUGUUCUGUGAGGUUCCAGAACCUCUUCCAGCAGCCCAGGGCCAAGUCCCACGGCACUGCCCCUGACUUCUGGCUUAUGGUGACCCAAGUGUGUGGAGCCCUAGCCAGCUCUGGGCAUCUGAGGCAGAGCAGAGUGGGUUCCUUGUGCCUGACUUCUAGUCACCCCCAAAGCUGCAGUACAGAGGGUGGGAAAUGGGGCCGGGCCUGCUGAGGUAACCUUGCAUAGGAACUGCCUAACAGGAAGGGAUACUUAGUUCCCCCUAACCAGGUGUUACUGCUAUAAAGCUGUGGCCCCAGAGCGAGCUGUGUUUGAGGCAGCAGGGGUAAGCUGUCGCCAGGGUUUUCCCCGCUGAGUCUUCCGCUGGCUGGGUUCCCACCAGGCCUGUCUUCCACAGAGCUCCACCUCUAAUAAAGGGACCCCUCCUCAGA